AUGGCAGCCAAACCCAUGGUGAAGGACUACGACCACUUGUUUAAGGUGCUAAUUAUUGGCGAUUCUGGCGUCGGGAAGAGCAGCCUUCUAUUACGAUUUGCCGAGAAUUCUUUCAGAGAGAACUUUAUCACGACAAUUGGUGUGGACUUCAAACUAAAGACGUUCGUUGUUGAUGGACAGAGGAUCAAGCUUCAAAUAUGGGAUACAGCUGGCCAGGAGCGAUUUCGGACUAUCACUUCAACGUAUUACCGUGGAACCCAUGGCGUCAUCGUGGUCUACGACAUCACAGCCGGUGAAACGUUUGCCAAUGUGAAGCGAUGGCUGGGAGAAAUAGAUACACACUGCCAAUCUGUGGGAAAAAUUCUUGUUGGAAACAAAUGUGAGGACACUGAGCGGCGGAUUGUGGACCCAGCUGAUUCGACCGCAUUUGCCGCUUCGAUGAACAUUCCUCACUUGGAGACCAGCGCCAAAGAAAACGUCAAUGUGGAAGAGAUGUUCAAACUGAUAACGAGGGAAAUCCUUCGCACCAAGCGUGAGAGCCAAGCUAAUGAUCCUGAAGCUGUCCGAUCGAUUACAUUGAACGCGGGGACUGGUGACCGAUCCGAGAAAAAAUGCAAGUGUCUU